AUGGUUGCAUCUGCAACCAGAUACUCAAAUGGCAACAAGCCCGUCAUUGCACCUAUAGUCCUCCGGUCCGGCGAGGAUCGUCACUUUGCUCUUCUGAUGAAGAUCAUCGGCAAUUUCUACGAGGAUCGCAAGCACUUGGUAUCACCAAUGAACCUCACCAGCCACAACAACAACCCCAACGGCAUCCACGUAUUCAUCGACGCAAGCAACAUCUUUAUCGGCUUCAUCGAUCAGCUCAAACGAGCUCGGAACAUCCACCCAUUACAACAAGUCCCUGACGCCAACCUCUCCUUCGACGGUCUUGCCCUUCUCAUGGAGAGACGCCGACCGAUCGCUAAGCGAGUCCUCGUCGGCUCCACCCCUCGCGUCGCUGCUUUUGACAAAGCAGAAGAAGUGGGCUACGAGUGCAGUAUACUUGAAAAGGUAUAUAAAGCACGCGAGCUCACGGAGCGCCAGAUCUACUUCAAAGAAGUCGAAGCCCGCGGUUCUAGCGGCAGUGGCUCGGAAACGAACACGCCGCAGUUCGCGCCGGCGAAGAUGAUCGAGCAGGGCGUUGAUGAGAUUUUGCAUCUGAAGAUUCUGGAGAGCGUGGUCGAUACGGAGGUCCCGACGACGAUCGUGUUGGCGACCGGUGACGCGGCUUGUGCGGAGUAUAGUUCGGGCUUCAUGGCGAUGGUUGAGAGAGCUUUGAGGAAGGGAUGGAAGGUGGAGUUGGUGAGUUGGUCGAAGAAUAUCAGUAGCAUGUAUACGAGGCCGGCUUGGACGAGCGCGUGGGGGGAGAGGUUUAGGAUUAUUACGCUGGACGAUUAUGCGGAGGAGUUGCUUGAUAUGUGA